AUGAUUGUGGUUCUUCUGAUUUGUAUUGUCUGGUUCCCGCUAUUGUUCAUGUCUUUAAUAAAGUCAGUUGCUGGAGUCACAAACAAGCCCUUGGAUGUCUCUAUCAAAAUCACCCUGGGAGGAUAUCAACCUAUUUUUACCAUGAGUGCUCAACAAAACCAGCUAAAAUUUAUGACAGAGGGAGCGUACACAUCCUUUAAAAGAAACAAGGAAACUUCUGCUCUUCAGUUCAUGGAAGGAUAUGGAUCAGAAGACAUCACUACUGCAGAACUAGAAGGAGGAAAUUCAAAUUCUCUAUGGACCAUUAGCCCUCCAAGCAGAACAAUGAUGAUAGAAAGCAUUGCAGAUUUAUCUCAUGAAUUCACAUUGGUUAUUUCUUGGACUAUUCACAGGAACUUGAGUCUUGGAGCCAAUGCAGAAGUCACAGGUGAUAAACAUACAGUUUCACUUACGAAUGAAACACGAUUAUCCCUGGCCAAAAUGAUGAAAUCAAACGCUUCAACUCCAGUAACACUUGAAAAAAUUUAUCCAUGGUACAUCAAAGCACCAAAAGAUUCUAUUGCUAAACCGAUCCUGCAACUCCUUAAAGGUCAAGAGUUUGUAAAUAUUAACGUUUCUCUAAACAGAAAUGUUACUGGAGGUAGUAUUCAAGAAUGGUGGGUCCUCAAUCAAACCCAUAAGCACUUCACAAACAAAACUGGCUUGGAAUUGAUUGUUUUCAGUGAUAAAGUCAGUCCUCCUAGUUUAGGAUUCUUAGCAGGUUAUGGAAUAAUGGGACUGUAUGCCUCUGUGGUACUUGUAAUUGGAAAAUUUGUUCGUGAGUUCUUUAGUGGAAUAUCUCAUUCAAUCAUGUUUGAAGAGCUACCAAAUGUGGACCGUAUAUUGAAACUGUGCACGGACAUUUUCCUAGUCCGAGAGACUGGAGAACUGGAACUGGAAGAAGAUUUAUAUGCCAAACUAAUAUUCUUAUACCGCUCACCAGAAACUAUGAUCAAAUGGACAAGAGAAAAAAAU